AAUUACAGUUACAGCCAUGUUGCCACAACAAUACUGCUUGAGAUGGAAAUAUCAUCACAGCAAUUUGCAGACAAUGUUUUCACAACUUCUCGAUCGUGGAUGCUUCUGUGAUGUGACAUUAGCAUGUGAGGGACAAACUUUGAAAGCACAUCGUGUUGUUUUAUCUGCAUGUAGUACAUACUUUGAUUCAAUCUUAACAAACUGCAACAGUGAGAAGGAUCCCAUUAUAAUUCUUAAGGAUGUGAAGUUUAUGGAUAUAAAAUAUUUAGUGGAAUUCAUGUACAAAGGCGAAAUAAACGUCGAACAUAAUAAUUUGGCAUCCCUACUAAAGACAGCUGAAGAACUGCGAAUAAAAGGCUUGGCAGAAGUGUCAUGGCGUGAUGAUGACAGUGAAAAUCCUGAAAAUAAUGACAGCAACAACAAUGUUACCGACACAAACAACUUUCCAGUUUUAAGUCAAACACCAGUUUUAUCAAAUGGAUCGUUGUCAUCAUUGAAUAAUGGCGACAGUCGUAAAUAUGACAACAAAGAAAAUCUGUUGAAAUCGAUUCCUUUCUUAGCACCACUCAGUUCACCGAAAGAUCUUUCGUCUGGAAGUCGUAAGAAACGUGGUCGUCCGCCUUUAGAUGAAACAAAUCAUUUCACUCGAGCGCCAAAGUAUGUUCAUCUAACAAACGAACAAUUCUACGAACCAGAAGCAGUCGAUGGCAAAGACGGUAUCUACGAUUUAUCAACCACCGCGUCAUCAAGUACCACCAACACAUUAACGACAUCUCACACAGCACUUCAUCGUCAUAUCCAAGACGAAGGAAAAAAUCAUUCAGAAACUUCUGAGAAUCUUCACAAUGGUGGUGCGAGUACAUCAAAAAAGCCACUGAAGCAUUCACCACUGCCACAUCAUCAUCAUCAUCAUCAUUACACAAACACUUCCAAUCUGGUGACGGUGAUGAUGGAUGAGAAAUCGCAUGACAACGAAGAACAUUCGUUCUAUAUGCCAUUGAGACGAGAUAAUGAACAGCAGCAAGUGGAAUACGAUGAAGAUCCAUCCAGUCAGAAUGUCAUUCCAAAAGUUGAACGUGCCGACACGCCGAAUGAUCUCGCUGAAGAAGAAGAUGAGAAUAUUUCAUGUAGUCCGGCUGAACACUUGCAAUCAAUCUUCUUGACCGACGAAGAAAGAAAACAGUGGAAUGAUGUUAUCCGAAUGAACGAUUAUCUUACUAAAGGAAGACGACCACAAUUUUGGGAAGAACCAUUCACGAAACGUGUAUUAGAUGCGAUUAAGAAUAAAAAUUUGGAGAUGAAAAAGGCAGCAAAAUUAUUGGGUGUUUCUUAUGGCACAUUAUAUGGAAGAUAUCGUGAAACUUAUGGAUGUUUGAAGCAUCCUUAUCGUGGACCACCUGGCAGCUAUAUGGUAUCACGAAUGCGUGAAAUGUGGCCAGGAAAUACUGAUGAACAGAAUGAUCUUUUAAAUUUGGUUCAACGGAAUAGGAUCUCAAUGAUGCAAAAUGAUGACGUAAAUGGAUCUAAUAUUAUGGAUAUGAUGCAUGAUGAGGCUAUGCUAGAACAAUUGGCUGCAGCUAAAAAUUUUCCAAGAAAAAUGAUAAACAAUCUUGAUGUCGCUAAUCUCCUGAAACAAGUUCAAACAGGUGCUGCUCAACAUCAGCAUCAACAGCAGAUGAAAAUGUCUCAAUCACCAUCAUCGUCAAGUCAUUCAGUGUCACCACGUUCAGCAUCACCAAGUAUCAUUCAAACAACGGCACAACAUAUGAUGUUGACACCUGUUGCGACAUCGAAUACAGCUGUGGAUCCCUCAAAAUAAUUUCUUAUAUCUACAUAUAUUUUAAGCUUCUAAGUGUAGUGAACACAUGUGCAAGAUUUAAUGGGACCUUCUCAAGAUGAAUUGGUUUUCAAUUUACACAUUGAUGGAUCUUUUCGCCAAAACUUUCAAUCUUUGUACAUUAUAUGUUGAUAAUGAAAUGAUAGUAUUUUAAAUAACAAAGGAAAUUUUUGUUUUUAUUUAUUUUGAGCUUAAGAUCGUGAGAAAACAUUAAACUUUGCGUAAGAAUGAAAUCAGUAUUAAAUGUUUUAAUGAUGUUGUGUUAUAAAUCGGCAUUUUGUAAAUAUCUAUAUUAUGACUGAGCAUAAUCGUAGGAAUUUUUCAUUAGAGUCAUGAUAUCAACACGUAUAUAUUUAUGUAUGUUUCAAUAGGAAGGAAAGAAAUAUCCUGUGCCAUUCCACACAACAACAUUCAUUUUUUGAAGAAAUCACUUAUUUAUACCCCAAAUUUUCAUUCCAAUACAUACAUACAAUAUAUGUAAGGUUUUUUUUUGUUUAUGUAACUUAAUGUUUAUUACAUAUAUAUCUAAAUAGAAGAUUGAAAUGUUAGUCGAGUAAGUUUGACAAAUAAAGAAACAACCUUAUUAGAAUGUAAAUGUAUCUAAUUUAAGAAAUGUUGCAACCAUUAUUAUUGCGUAAUAAAGACAUUAGAAUAUUUAUAACCCAAA